CCGGGGGCGGUGGCGCAGCCUUGAGUCGACUGAGGAAAAAAAAAGGACAGCAAACCGUUACUGCUUCUAGUGCCACCAAGUGGACAUCUCUACUUGCCAAUGAAAGCUUUCUUUAAGGUUAUUUCCAGUAACGUUCAACUUUUGUGGAUGUUUAUUGUUAAGUGCCCCUUCUUCACGUGCUGAAGUAAUUUUUUUUUAAAAUCAAAUAUUUCAAGCAUAGUAGCAUGUGUUGUUUUAGUGCUUAUCUAAUGCCUUGCUGAAGAGGACAACAGUAGAACCUGACAUUCCUUGUUAUCCAUGAAGAUGAUCCAUACUUUUCUGUCUUUGUUAAUAACUUGACCUGGGAAAAAUUAGCAUGUUAAGAAGCAGUUGAAAACCUGGUGGUCUACUUGCUUCUGGAUUCUUUUUCCUCCGUCUGAUGGGCUAUAUAGAAAGUCAAGAGAGUGAAGCAGGAUGAGCAAGUUUGUUAACAAGAGCAACAGAGAACACUUCUUAUUUGAAAUGGUUUACCACAUUGGCUGUAUUAGACCACUCACUCAAAUCCUAUGCAGAUUAUAGUCUGACCUAAAAAUUUGGAAACCACCAUAAUGGAGCAAGGUCAAAAGAUCUAGAUCAUGUCAUCUGUUUGGGUUCCAUUCCAGAGAAACUGUGUCCUCGUUUCUGCAUGAAUGUUCCAAGUUUAUUUCAUUUUACAUUGUUACUGAGAGAAAUACAAAGACCAUCAUGGAGACCGUGGAUUUUGAGAAAACAGCAGUUUUCUGUGCCCAGAGUGCCCUUACUUCAGGCAGCAGGAAAAAAGAAAUCUUUAAAUCUUCUUGGGCUAACUGAGGCAGAAUUAGAAGAACAGUUUGUAAGAGGUGAUGGCCCAGGAGGUCAAGCCACAAAUAAGACAAAUAACUGUGUUGUCUUGAAGCAUAUUCCAUCUGGGAUUGUAGUGAAGUGUCAUCAAACAAGAUCAGCGGAGCAGAACCGAAAGAUAGCCAGAGAAAUCCUGCAGGAAAAAGUUGACCUCUUCUACAGAGGUGAAGCCAGUGAUGUUUUUAGAGAAAAGAAAGCAUCAGAGAAGAAGAAGCAGGAGAAAAAAAGAAGAGCAAAGGAAAACCUAGAGAGGAAAAGGCAUUUGAAAGAGAUGCAACAAUUGGAUGAGAAAUAAACAUGCGAAACACUGACUUGCCCUCGUAGGCACCCUUGCUGGCUGCCACCAAGUUUUGGCCGUCAACAGUGAAGAAGAGUGCUUCAAGAACCAAAGCCGUAGUGUAUUUGGAAAGCACUGGAGACUACUAGCAACUACACCAUAUUCUCAUGGAGAUCGUUGACUGCAUCCAGACUGUGCCUGGAUGGAAACUCAUCAGCCAUCUGCAGGCUCAUCCUCUCAUCUGUCUCUGAACUUGAGCCUCCUGCAUGAAGGUUAAAUCUUUAUCUCUUUGGAGUCCUUGUUCGUGGAGUAUGAGCCUGAUUAAAGUGACUGUACAUAGUUUUAAUACAAACUGUUAAUGAAAAUAAGCUUUAUUACGUCAAGUAAUAAAUACAUACAAAGAUGCAAAUAACAGUUUUAGUAAUUUAUCCAGAAUUUUCUCCUUUUUUGGCAAACUUUAAACUGAAAUCUCCAGCCUUAAUGUAGAAAUUGGCUUUCCAGGACUUUGAGGUUUUUUAAUAGGUUUCCCUAUUUUCCAUAUAACUCAUGCACUUUAAGUGGACUUCAAAGCAUUAACAGUCAUGCAAAUGUUUAUGCAAAAAUGAACAAAACAGGAAAAAUAAGAGAAGGGGAAGGUUAUUUCUAAGCAGGGUCUAUGCUGUUUGACAAAUUGUGAUUUAGCAGACUACUAGGUACAGCAUGCUAUUUUGCACUUAUUAAAAAACAAUCCUCAGAGCUUAUGUCAAACCUUGAAAGAUUGACAGUUUGGGGUUAAGUGAAUAUAGUCAAAGAAAAAUUUCAAACAAAAAACAACAGAAUGAGACUGGCUGGAUAAGAAGAGAACUGAAAUAUAGCCUGGGAGAGAAAGAGCAUUCCUCUGCAUGCAGUUCAGGUUUUAUGUCUAAGAAAUGUUUUAGGGAGUUUUAACACCUUUACAAAAUGCAAACCCUCAGUAAAUUGAAAACCCCUUCCUUUCUCAUUCUUAACUAUACACUUUUUGUAAGGGCUAAAGAAGAAAAGUCAAACAUUCAAAAUAAAGGAAUUUGUCUGAAUGUUUUAAGAGUCAGAAAGAAUAAGUGUUACUUUUUCUUCAUUAAGAGAUGGAAAAUCUUGCAACUGAA